CCCCCUCUCUCAGUUCCAUUUGCCUUUCUUCUCUCAAAGCUAACCAAAAAAAAGAAACCAAAGAAAGUCCAAAAAGGCUUCUUCUUCUUCAUUUGUUUAGUUGGGUUAGGGUCGAUGAUCUUCCUGCGUACGGACUGGGUAUUGUUCAGAGAUCCUAAUUUUCAGGUCCCAGCCAGCCCCUAUAACAAAAAAGCCUGUUCUGCCUCUGCUGCUUUCAGUAUGUGCAUUUAAUCCCUUUUUUUUUUUUGCAAGUGCAAUCCUUAUUUCUUCUAUGUUUUUUUUCUCUCUUCAUUUUUUGUUCCCUGGGCACCCCAUCUCUCCCUUCAAACUCGCUGUGAUUUCCUUUUUUUUCUUCAACUCAUUGGCUCUUCCCUUCGGCUCUCCUUUAUAUAUUGGCAUCUGAUUCGAUUUACUAUAUCCUCAUCAAUAAUAAUAAAAAAAGGUUCAAAGUUCAUUGCUUUCACCCACCGCUGACUUGUUCUUGUUCACAGAUUUUUUGUUUCUUCUCUCUAGAGAGAAACCAGUGAGCAAAUCAGGGUGAGGAACAUAAAAUGUUCGAGUACAAACGCAAGUCAGAAAGUGAGUUGAGUUCAGAAACAAGGAAUUCAUCGAGUCAAAGUUCAAUGAGUAGUGAAAGCUGUAGCAGUUUUAGUCGUCUCUCUUUUGAGCUUCUUCCAACAUCUAGGACCAACCCAGAAAACCUUUCUCUCAAACCUCACCGAUCUUCCGACUUCGCUUACUCCGCUAUCCGAUCCGUCACCUUCGCCCGCAAAACCGGCCUCACGUUCCGUGAUUUUAGACUCUUACGCCACAUAGGUUCCGGCGACAUUGGAACUGUCUACCUCUGCCGGCUGGCCGACGUGGAUGAAAAAUGUUGUUAUGCGAUGAAGGUGGUGGAUAAGGAAGUGUUGGUAAUGAAGAAAAAAGUUCACCGUGCUGAGAUGGAGAAAAAGAUCCUGAAGAUGCUGGAUCAUCCAUUUUUGCCUACUUUGUACGCUGAGUUUGAAGCUUCUAAUUUCUCUUGCAUAGUUAUGGAGUACUGUUCAGGGGGUGACCUGCAUUCUCUUAGACAUAAACAACCUCAAAAACGCUUCUCUUUGAACUCCGCAAGAUUUUAUGCAGCUGAGGUUCUGGUAGCUCUAGAGUACCUUCACAUGCUGGGUAUUAUCUACAGAGACCUAAAACCGGAAAACGUUCUAGUCAGAUCAGAUGGUCACAUCAUGCUCUCAGAUUUCGACCUUUCACUUUGCUCAGACGCGAUCCCAGCCGUUGAAUCUCCAUCAUCUUCACCAGACCCAAUGCCGCCACAAAACCAGUCCUGCAACCGUCCGCAACCAACCCGACUCGCCCGCCUCUUCCGAAGGUUACUGCGGUCGAAGAUCGAAACACUCGCACAAAGUAAGCCAUUCUUCGUGGCGGAGCCUGUGGCUGCCCGAUCGCGUUCCUUUGUCGGGACCCACGAGUAUGUGUCACCAGAGGUUGCCUCCGGUGGGUCCCACGGUAAUGCCGUUGACUGGUGGUCUUUCGGGAUCUUCAUCUACGAGAUGAUCUACGGCCGUACACCUUUUGCGGCUCCAUCCAACGAGCUUACGCUGCGCAACAUCGUAAAAAAACCUCUAGCUUUCCCAACCCACUCGCCUUCCUCCCUUCUUGAGCACCACGCGCGUGACCUCAUUUCCGGCUUGUUGAAGAAGGACCCCAACGCUCGCUUGGGAUCCAAACGCGGUGCUGCCGACGUCAAAACGCAUCCUUUUUUUAAAGCACUGAAUUUCGCGCUCAUAAGGUCGGUUACGCCGCCGGAGAUUCCUGGGUUAAGGCGGCAAUCAACGGCAUCGUAUUACCAACCAAAGAGCGAAGAACAGUCAACCGCCUUCGAUUUCUUCUGAGAAACUCAACGGCGUCGUUUGCGCCACAUGUUCUGUCUGCUCCGCUCAUACCCAAUUACGUAAAUAUAACAAGAUAAUGAAUGAAUUUCAAUUUUAUGGGGUUGAUUAGUCGACUCUUUCUGA